GAAACAAGACAUGCCUUCAGCUAAGCAAUAGUUUGAAUGUGAGCAAAACCCAGAUGAUAGUUCCAAGAACGAUAUUUUUCAAGAUGUUCUUCAUUGAUGAGAGUUGAAAUAGAAAUAUACAUUGUGGCUAAUACCGCGGCUUACUCAGCCGUCCCUUGUUAACAAUAAACCGCAUGGAGGAGGUAAAGACACCUCUCAAUAGCAGCACAAUUCAAUCCCCACUAUCAUAUUCCUCAUAAACAAUCUAAGAACCCGCAGUGCAAAGUUCCAGCGUCAUAAUUGCCGCAUGCGCAACGUUCCCACCAAUACCUGCACAAAGAUACGCAACAUACCACUUUGCGCCCAAGAGCUAUCCUAGCUCGAACCCUCGCAAUCCUCAGAGCCAAAUAUUCACAACUCACUCAGGUCUUCCAAUCCCUCGAUUCAAGAUGGCUCAAUACUUUCUCGAUUUAUUAUACACCCUCACAAACUGCAUGAGUUGUUUUCCGGGCUCUCCGCAGCUCAAAAUAAACAAUCGCAGUUUCAAGAUACUGCGAUUACUGGGCGAGGGCGGGUUUUCCUACGUCUAUCUCGUGCAAGAUACCAGCAGUGACAAUACCUACGCGGUCAAGAAAAUCCGAUGUCCCUUCGGCCAAGAAUCCGUGGCGCUCGCCAUGAAAGAAGUAGAAGCCUAUGCGCUCUUCUCGCCGCAUCCAAAUAUAAUACACAGCGUGGAUUACUGUGUCUCUGCGGAUCGAUCAGACCCCGGAGCGAAGACGGUGUAUAUCCUGCUACCAUAUUAUCGACGCGGAAAUUUGCAAGAUAUAAUCAAUGCGAAUCUGGUGAACCAUACGAAGUUUCCAGAGAAGAGACUGAUGGUUUUGUUUUUGGGGGUUUUGAAUGCACUGAAGGCGAUGCAUCAAUAUAAAGUUCGAGGAGGACCAGGUGGUGCGAAUAGUGUGAAUAAGGCGAAGAAAGUAAGGGCGGAUGCGGCGCGGGCAGAUCAGGAAGCUGAAGAGGAAGUAGAAUCGAGGAGGGGAAGACAGAGAGGGAGAGAAACCGAUGACGACAGUGAGCAACAGGAACCGCUCAUGGAUGGGGAAGUUACCAUGAGUCAAGAAGGCAUUGCGCCAGGAGGAGCUAGGGCAUAUGCGCAUAGAGAUAUUAAACCAGGAAACAUCAUGAUUGACGACGACGGGGUCCAACCCAUUUUAAUGGAUCUCGGAUCUCUAGCUCCCUCACCCACACCCAUAACAUCGCGAUCACUCGCCCUAGCAGUACAAGACCAAGCAGCCGAGCACUCCACCAUGCCUUACCGCGCCCCCGAACUCUUCGACGUAAAAACCGGCAGUACCAUCGACACCAAAGUCGACAUCUGGUCACUGGGCUGCACAUUAUACGCAUGUCUUGUUGGAAAAUCGCCUUUCGAAAUGCGCAGCGACGAGACGGGAGGAAGUCUAAGUAUUUGCGUAUUAGGUGGCGAUUGGCGAUUUCCCGACGAGGGAGCCGGUGGAAAGAAGAAGACUACGAACCAGACGGGACAAAGUGAAGACAGUGGUAUUAGCGAAAGUAUACGGGAGGUGGUGCGAAAAUGUUUGAAGGUAGAACCGAGUGAGAGACCAGAUGUGGAUGAACUGAUGGAGAUUGUACGGGGGGUAAUCGAGGAGUUGCCCGAGGAUGGCCCUUCAUGAUUAUGAAUGGGAUAGAUUGGGCCAAAAGGAUAUAGGAUAUGAUAGGACGGGACGGGAUGGGACAUGGUUUGGUUCAAUUCGCCUCUGAACGAUCUCUUUGGGAAGGAAAUGACUGAGGACGAGGAUUAAACGAGGCGUUAUAAAGGGGCGGGGGAAAGCAGUGCUUCCCAAAACGAUGAAUAAUGAAGAGUUGGGGAUGAUUUCAACUCACAACCCUAAAAGUCAAGUCGCGUAAUGCAAUAGAUGUGUGUUUCUGUGAUCUACAAUGUCUACAGUUACCACAUUGAGUUUAUCCUGGCAAUAUGAUCAAAAAUGGUAGAAACAUUUCGCCCGAACCUGGGCUAGAUUCUAUUUUGAGUCUAGAUAUUAUCACCUCACUUAAUCAGAGGAAUGCGGAUUUUGGACA